GUAAACACAACACAAAAUAAACGUUAGAAGUCUUUAUUUUAAAAGGUGGGAAGCCAAAAGAUGUUGAAUAUUUCUUAAAAUAGCAUGUCGCCAAAGCGGUAUCUUAUAUUUGCACAUUUAUAAAAAAUGCUAUUUAUUUCAAAAUCUCAUUAAAACAACACCAAAUCACGAUACACAUGUAUAUGACUGUUUUUAAAAUGCGAUAGGCCACGAUAAAGAUUUAUUCUAUUUUUUUCGUAACUCUGCCUGAUGUCGUCAAAAAGUGCGUAAGCUACGUUGUCCACUAAUGAUAUGUCAUUUCUAAUGUUUAAUAACCUUUAUUUUCAGUGUUAUUAUAAAAAAAAAUCUCAUUUUAUAUUGGUCAAUGAUAUAAUAUACAUACCGAUGUUAUCUGGAUACAAAAUAUCUUUUGCAGAUGUCUGCAAUCUGCGUUUUUGAUCCGUAGUUUUAAGCAUGUAAGCUACGUGAUGUUGAAAACGGUUAUUAAAGAAAAAGUAUUCGUUCAAACCCAUGUGCAUUUUUAAAAUACGUAGUGUGUUGACUAUUUCUAAACCAAACAUAAACACUCAUUUGAACAAAAACUGGUGAGUUUAGGUAUUAAUCGGCUAAUUGUAAUUUACGUUUUGUAAUCUUCGUUGCCAUACUAUUGGUAAUGCGAUAUAAAACCGUUAGCGAAGUAUUUUUUCGGAUUUUAUGUGAUGAUCGGUUUCGUUUUUGCAAUUUACAAUCAUCACCAAUUACUUCCUAUUACGUCACGUCCUUGAAGUUGUGUUGAAGGGAAAUUUCAAUGUCGAAAAAUUAUCAAUAACGCGCUCAUCCCCAUUGUGAGUUUUAAGGUAGGAAUUGUUUUAUUUUCUAUUAUAUUCAGAUUAAAAAUACGCCUUGUUACAUAUGACAACUGUUAAGUCUAUCAAAAUGGUAAAUAUAUUGUGUUUGAGACCAUAUACAAUAUGUGUCAUGUAUUCUGAAAAUGGUAAGCUACGUUCUGAAAAUGAUUUUAUUUCAAUGCCAUUAAAUAAUAACAAUUCAAGAUAAACAAUUUCUAUGAUUACUAUGAAUAUACUUUAAACUAAAUGUUCAAUUUGUUAUAGCAAACCCUUUGAUUUGUGCAAUAUUAUAGUUUACGGAACUACAUUUUGUCUUGAUCACGUAGCUUACUUAAGGUAUCAAAACAUAAAGACUGCAGAUAAAAUGGAAAGGGAAUAGUUUAUUUUAACUCAUAAUUAAGGUUGAAAAUAAGAUCCACAAUAAUGUGUUUAUCUCUCGCUUACUAUUUAGAUAAAUACCAAAUGUCUAUUGUCUAAACGAACCAAAGUAGAGAUGAUAACGUAAAUUACCAUUUUACAGAACGUAGCUUACUUUACAAAAUGAAGUGAUUUUUUGGUAUUUGAUGAUAAAAUUUUAGAUCAAUGUAGAGUUGCAUAAUAAGAUAAAUGAUUUUUGUAUUAUUUUUAUUCAAUUAUUCACAAAAAAACAAAAACAUUUUCAGUUUUGAUUGAUUGUGAAAGAUAUUUCUUAAUUUUUAGAUUAUGGGGAAAUCAAAAGCAGAAAUACAGAGGGCAUAUAGGGAAAGAAAGAAGUUACGGGAAGGGGAGGAUUAUUUUAGGAAAGAAAGGGCUCGUGUUAAAGGCUACUAUGUUCCCAUAGCAGAGCAAUCCAAAAAGAAGGCAAACGAUAGACGAAAGAAAGUUAGAGAGGCGGUUCGAAAGCACAGAGAAAACAAGAAGCUAAAACUUAACAUAGAAUCUCUUCAGGACCCAGAGGUAACGUCAACAACUGUGGCUUCAACCAAUUCUAUGAUUGUUAAACUUCCUGGUAUUGAUCAACGAAAUCGCACCAGACGUAGGAUAAGUCGAGCUACAGCAAAAUGCAGAAGGACAAUUGAAAAGCUUAAUGAGGAAAACAGAAACCUGAAUCGCAGAGUUAAGACAAUAUCUAAACGAUAUCAGCGCCUUUUGACCAAAACCAAAAAUGCUAAAACCGAAGAAUCGGUCAACUUGGCGACUGGAAAGCAAGUCCUGACACCCAGGAAACGGACCUCUACAGAGAUAAGGGAAGAGGGUUUGACGCCAAGAAAAAUGCCAAAAAACAUUCAGCGGAGGCUGCUUUUAGCAAAUGUUUUAACAGAUGAACUGAAAGGCGCAUGGAAAGAAAAUGGAAUCAAAGGAAAGCAGUUAAUUUCAAGGAUAGUCUCGGGAAAAUUGUUGAAGAAGUACAGAAUGAGAAAAUGUGUUGGCGGUAGCAUCACAAAACAAGUAUUUUGCACGAAAAGAAUCAACAGUUUACCAAAGAUUCAGAAAAAAGUACACGCAAGAGAAACCCUGCGUAGGAGAGUUAUUGAAUUCCUAGAAAGGGACGACAACAGUCGUAUGAUGCCAGGAAAGAACGACAAGAAGAAAGCUGAAAACGGACACGUGCAAAAACGAGUUUUGAAUGAUAGUAUGGCAUGCUUGCAUAUGAAAUUUGCAGCAGAAACAUCUGAAAAAAUAUCACUUGCCACAUUUUGUCGUUUAAGGCCUAAUUAUAUUUGUUUGACAAAAUUCAUUUCCAGAAAUACGUGUUUAUGCCAAAAACAUCAGAACAUGGCACUGGCUUUGAAGAACAUGAAAUCUGUGGGAGCUAAAGUCCCGUCAAGCCCUGACGAGUUUGCCAGACAAUUAAAGGAAAAUAACAUCAACGUUAAUGAAAUUUGUUCUGAGAUAAACGUUGAAAUGGUCAAGUAUGAACAGUGGAAGAAAGUUGAAAUGUCGGACGGGAAAAAGAGAACAAAGAUCAUAGAAAAAGAGAUAACAAAAGAAGAAUUCAUAUCUGCCAUACAGAUUCAAAUUGUUGAAUUCCAAGAACACGUUGCAAGGGUGAAACUCCAAUACAAAGCUCUGCACAAUCUAAAGGAGAAAUUACCUCAGGGACACGCCAUCGUCCAGAUGGAUUUUGCUGAAAAUUUUACUUGCACGUCUGCAGAUGAAGUACAGAGCGCAUACUGGAAUUCAUCUGCAGUUACUCUCCACCCAGUAGUUACUUACUACAGAGCAGAGGAUGGAACACUGACACACGAUAAUUAUGUUUUCGUGUCGGAUGAUUUAGCCCAUAAUUUUGGAACAGUGUUCGCAAUUCUAGAUCAGCUGAUGCCAAAGAUGAAAAUGAAAGUCCCACUGCUGAAAACUGUUCAUUACUGGACAGACAGCCCUAGUUCUCAGUAUCGAAAUAAGAGUUCCUUUUACAUCGUUUCUGACCACGAAAAUGUGUUUGGAGUAAAUGCUGUCUGGAACUUCUUCGAAUCAGGGCACGGCAAAGGUCCGUGCGACGGCAUUGGCGGAACAUCCAAGCGAACAGCUGAUCUUGCCAUUAAGCAGGGGAAAAUUACUGUCCAAGAUGCGUGUGAUUAUUUUGAUAAAGUACAGCAAUACCACACCAGUGCCGAAUAUGUAUUUGUAAAGUCAGAAGAUUGCACAACUAAGCGCGAAUCAUUGACAGAAAUUAACCGCAACCUGCAGCCAGUGAAAGGAACAAUGCAAAUCCAUUGUGUGAUUGGAGUGGAGAAAGGCAUAAUAGCGACAUCAACAACUUCUUGUUACUGUUCCGACUGCCUUGAGGCAAAGUACCACAAUACGUCAGAAGCUUGUUUGUUAAAAAAGUCAAUUCAAAGAAAUAUAGCAUGUGAUUCAGUUGAGAAUGAAACUGCAAAUGAAACUGAGCCCGAACAUUUAGACGGAGGAAAUGUUUUGACAACAGAAGACAACAUUGUUGAUGAGAGUGGAUUGGGAAAUCGGUCUUUGACGCUUGAAUUGAAGGUUGGCAAUUACGUUGCCGCUUUCUACGAUAAGGACUGGUUUAUCGGAAAGAUUCUUGAAAUUGACGAAGAAGAUGACGAACUUCUCAUUACCUUUUUGCAACCAUGUAAGAAAACAUUACCAGGAACGCGACCAUUAUACAAAUGGCCUGCCAAUCAUGAUGAGUUAUGGGUAAAGACAAAUGAAAUUUUGUGCAACAUCUCUGAACCUAGUAAGCAUGGCAGAAGUGGCAGAAGUUUUGAAAUAUCACAGGAAGAUUUUGAAACAGCCACAGAAAUUUUUGCGUUGAAAAUGAUGACAAAAUAGACUUUCUUGUGUGAAAUUUGCCGAUUGUAACGUAGAUUACUGAACAAAACAGAAAAACAAUCGUAUGAAUAUUACUACAUGUUAAUUGACAUAAAACGUAACAUCAUGUCUAAUUGUCAACGUGUACAUGUAUAUAUAUUUCGUGGCUGGUGUUUUCUUGGUUAAAAGUUUGAGACGUUAUUAUUGUCGAAAUGGAAUGUGUAAUUUACGUUAUGAAAUUCAUUUGUUAAAACAAGAAUGGAAAAUUAACAUUUUAAACAAAAUAAAUAUUUAUCUUCAAUACUUGAUUGAAAUAUUCCGCUGUUAAAGUAAUUUAAUAAAAAAAAACUUGUAUUUUUGUACUUGUAAUCUACGUUAUCUUUAAUGUAAUCUACGUGGUAAAGAUCAUGUUUGCCGUUUCUAUUUUAACUCAAGCGUCUGUAGCCUGACGUUUUAUGAGUGUUAUUUAAAAGGUUUUGAAUGAAUAUUUCAUUGCUUUAUUUUUCAGUUUGGCUGCAAUUUGAAAUUUUGUUAUUAUUUUGAAAUUGAACAAAAAAGCAAUUUUCAUCAUUAAAAUUUAAACUUGUACUUUGAGUCGUU